AUGUUAUCGCGGUUAUCCAUCCUUUUCCUGCUGACGAGCACCGUCUCUGGAUUCCUCAUUCCCGUUCCGGAACAAAAGGUUGCAGCAACGGCGCUUUCGGCAAGCCGACGAGAUGUGAUUGUACAGGGAUUCUCAGUGGCUGCCAUCGCGGCUGCCCUUCCCGCUUGGGCGGAUGUGUCGGAUGGAACCAUGCUGCCAGAAGGGGCAAGACAAUUCGCCCGAUUGAUUCGGGUAAAGGCAGACUUGAAGGGCGUGGCGACACGAGUCAAGGAUAACUCUGCCGAAAUUGACAGGAAGGAAUGGGACAACAUUAGUCAGUUUCUGCGUCAAAUUUAUCAAUCUGCCGACGACAUGAAGGGCAUUGCGGGCGGUAUCUUUGACGCGGACAAGAAAAAACAGGCAUUGGCCGAUGCAGAAUCACUCAAAAAAUAUGCCAAGGCAGCCGAUGGACCAGUCUCAAAUCAAGACAGACAAGGUUUUCUGGCCGCGACCGUCAAGAUGGAUGAUCUUUUUGAAGACUUUUUGGAUCAGUUGCGUGAUGUGCCAGAUGAAAUCUAA